AUUAGUACUAGUUCCUCCAUAUAUUUUAAGGCAGUAGUAAUUGAUCUUUAGCUCUAGCUCUAGCUCUAGCUCUUAGCUAUAGUUUUCUAGCUAGAUAUUUCAUGGCUGAUCCUAAAUGUUAUAGGCCCUCUAUAGCUUACCCAGAGACGGCUGUAAAUAUGGAGAUGAUCAUAAACCAGUUUGGACCAGAGAUGGACUCAAGCAUAUUGUUGAAGAAUUUCAACACCAGUAUAACAGAUUACUCAGUGGCAAAUUUUUUUGGCUGCAAAAACCACCAUGUACUUGGUCAUGAUCAUCACCAUCAAAAUCCAACAAACUUAUUUGAUGAAGAUCUUCCUGCUGCUUCACAGUCCAAUCAUCAGCUGAUGAUCAUGAAUGAUUUCAAUGAAAGCAAGAAGAGAAAAGUGAAUAUGGAAGAUGUUUUCUCAAUAGCAUCUAGCAAAAAUGGAUUGGAAGAUAAAGAAAAGAGUUUGAAAAAGAAUACUUUGGUAAAGGGAAACAAUUACAGAAGCAGGAAGAAUAAUAAUAAAAAAGAGGAAGUCAUUCAUGUCAGAGCAAAAAGAGGGCAAGCUACAGAUAGUCACAGUUUAGCAGAAAGGCUGAGAAGAGAGAAAAUUAAUAAUAAAUUGAGAUGCCUUCAAGACCUUGUUCCUGGAUGCAGUAAGACAAUGGGCAUGACAAUGAUGCUAGAUGAGAUUAUAAGCUAUGUUCACUCAUUGCAGAAUCAGAUUGAGUUUCUUUCCACGGAGCUUGCAGCAGCAUGUUCUUAUCAAUCGUACAUAAACAUAAAAGCUAGCAGAAAUGCGGAGACAUAUUCACAAGACCCACAAGAGAUGGAGAAAAUGAGAGCUCAAUUGCUUCCCUUCAACAUGGUCUAGCUGCUGACUGUACUUUUGGCUCUUAUAUGCUAUAAAUUGACCACACACUAUAUAUCUAUAUAUAUGUGCUUCCUAUGUAAAUUGUAUCUAUUCUAUGUGUUCACCACAAAUAAAAAUAUUGUAAUAUGAUCCUUUGCUAUACGUUGGGAAGUAUGGCAAUCAUAUUUGCAAUUUACUUCAAAAAAAUGUUGGAAGCAAAACUACAAAAGGGCACGAUCCCAUGUAGAAAGGAAGAACAGAAAAUAUCUAUCUUGAAUGGGCGCAGAAUCCGUUGUUUGACGAUUUGAAGUAA